UUUGACGUCACAAGGCCCCUUUUUUGCGCUAGGCCGCUGUUGCUGCGGGUUGUUGCUCGUUGGAUUCCGGAGUGGAAUAGUUGUUACCGGGGAGUUUGGUUUUUCUUUUUUGCUAACAAUGACCACGCAAACAGUCUCGGUGAGGAAGCGAAUCCUCAAAGAGGAGGACAUGACAAAAGUGGAGUUUGAAACUAGCGAGGAGGUCGACGUGACGCCGACUUUCGACACUAUGGGCCUACGAGAGGACCUCCUCCGUGGGAUCUACGCGUACGGUUUUGAGAAGCCAUCUGCAAUCCAACAGAGAGCGAUCAAGCAGAUCAUCAAGGGCAGGGAUGUGAUUGCACAGUCUCAGUCUGGUACUGGAAAGACGGCCACCUUCUGUGUUUCUGUGCUGCAGUGCCUGGAUAUUCAGGUCCGGGAAACUCAGGCACUCAUCUUGGCUCCUACCAGAGAGUUGGCAGGACAAAUCCAGAAGGUUCUUCUGGCUCUUGGUGACUUCAUGAAUGUGCAGUGUCACGCUUGUAUCGGAGGGACAAAUGUUGGAGAAGACAUCAGAAAACUUGACUACGGGCAGCACGUUGUCGCUGGCACUCCAGGGCGAGUGUUUGACAUGAUUCGCAGGAGAAGCCUACGGACGCGGGCUAUCAAAAUGUUGGUUCUUGAUGAAGCUGACGAAAUGCUGAACAAAGGGUUCAAGGAGCAGAUUUACGAUGUCUACAGGUAUCUUCCUCCUGCCACGCAAGUCUGUUUGAUCAGCGCCACUUUACCACAUGAAAUCUUGGAAAUGACCAACAAAUUCAUGACUGACCCAAUCCGGAUCUUGGUGAAGCGUGAUGAGUUGACACUUGAAGGCAUCAAGCAGUUCUUCGUCGCUGUGGAGAGAGAAGAGUGGAAGUUUGAUACGCUCUGUGACCUGUACGAUACGCUGACCAUUACGCAAGCCGUCAUCUUUUGUAACACAAAAAGGAAGGUGGACUGGCUAACUGAGAAGAUGCGAGAAGCCAACUUCACGGUGUCUUCAAUGCAUGGUGACAUGCCUCAGAAAGAGCGAGAGUCCAUCAUGAAGGAGUUCCGGUCGGGUGCCAGCCGUGUUCUCAUUUCUACAGACGUGUGGGCAAGAGGUCUGGAUGUCCCUCAAGUAUCCCUGAUCAUCAACUAUGACCUUCCAAACAACAGAGAGCUGUACAUCCACAGAAUUGGUCGAUCGGGACGUUAUGGACGUAAAGGUGUUGCCAUCAAUUUUGUGAAAAACGACGACAUUCGCAUUCUUCGAGACAUUGAACAGUACUACUCGACGCAGAUUGAUGAAAUGCCCAUGAACGUUGCUGAUCUGAUCUAACAGAAAAUGGAAGAAGGGAUUCUGGAAAACGUUUAAUUCUGAUUUUAUUUUUUUUUGACCUUUUUCACUUGACGUGUUUUGAGCUCAUUUUGAAUAAGCCAGUAGACUUGUAAAUAAACCUUUUUAUGUUGGAUUAUGCUCGAUCAGUUUGCCGUCGUUUAAUGUCACGUGAACUAUUGACAGAUGUUUUGAUGACGAUGUAACAUUUUAAAUGAACAUUAAAACCAAAAAGUGUGUCUAA